ACGGAGGGGCAGUAGAGGCCAAGGGCCCACCCCUCCACCUGGAGCACAGAGGGGCCUGGGCCAGGGCCAGGGCCACGGGAAGCCAUGGAGAGCUUCAUGGAGUCGCUAAACAGGCUGAAGGACGUCCAUGAGAAUGAGAUCACGGGCCUGCAGAACAAGCUUCUGGAACUGAACUCAGAGAGGUGCCGGGACGCCCAGAGGGCAGAGGAGCUCUGUGCCAAGAACCGUCAGCUCAGGGAGCAGCAGAGAGCACUGAAGGAGAACCUGCGGGCGCUGGAGAACAGGCUGCGGGCCGGCCUGUGCGACCGCUGCAUGGUCACCCAGGAGCUGGCCAGGAAGAAGCAGCAGGAGUUCGAGAGCUCCCUGCUCCAGAGCCUGCAGCAUGUCUUCCUCCUCACAACCGAGCUGACCCGGCUGCAGGAGGAAAACGAUGCCUUGAAGGAGGAGGUGAAGCAGCUCCGGGGCCCGGGGGCCAAGCCCCAGUUCAGGGAGGGCGCCCCAGAGCCCCCGUCACCCCUGCUGCUCCCCUCCCUGGGUACCCGGAAGGCCGUCACAGCGAAGCCACCGGAAGGCCAUGAGGAGAUGGAGGGCGGCCACGCAGAAAGGCCGGUGGGGUACGGGACGUCUCCAGUAGCCAAAAUCUCCCCGGGUACCAACCUGCCUGAUCCCUGGGCCCCGGACACGAGCCCCCAGCACAUCUCCAACCAGCUACACGGGACCAUCGCCGUGGUGCGGCCAGGGUCCCGGGCCUGCUCCGCCAACAGGGGCUCCGUCAACGGGACGUCCCCACUGCCACCCCCCAGGAGCAGACCCCCAAGCCCGCCUGGAGGGCACGGCCUCCCUCUGGACAGCUUCCUGCAGGCCUCUCUGCCCUCUGCCGAGCCCCGCGCGUCCCCGAAGCGCUCCCUCCGGGCUGACCGCCUCUGCCACCUGAACUGCCCCCUGGCCCUGGCCCGUGGGAGCCCUCACAGCGGCCCCCAGGCGCCCGCCACGGCCCCCAGCGGCCCCCAGCCCCAGGGCCUCCAGGCCGGGGAGGCGGAGGCCUGGGAGGAGCCCGCGGGUCUGCUGGGCCUGCCAGGCGCCCGGGCGGGCACGCGGGACCCGCGGCUGGAGGGAGCGCUGCACCUGCUCCUGGCCCGGCAGCUGUGGGCGCGGGGCCGGGCGGGCGGGGCCGGGCUGAGGGGCCCCCCGGUGCCAGGGAAGGCGCCACCCUCCCCGCCGGCCGGCCCCCACUCAGAGGGUCCCGGGGGCGGGGCGGCCGGGGCGGCCCUGCCCGGAGGGCAGCACCCACAGCCCGCAGGCCCAGGCAGUCCCGGGGCAAAGGAGGCCUCGGCCACACAGGACUACGUCACAGACAAGCCCCUGGACCUCUCGGAGUGGGCCCGGGGCCGGGACGGCGCCCCCAAGCCUGCCAGCCAGCCAGGAUCGCUCAGCCCCCCAGGUGCCCACGCGCCCAGCCCCAAGCCACCCCAGGGAGUGGGGCCCUCUGCACGGUCUGGGGUCCAGGGACUCAGCGACGGCACCAAGGGGGCCGAAGAGCCAGAGGCGGAAGAGCCUCCAACUUCCACGGAACCCUCACAUCCUCUCCCAGGCCUCAGCCUGCCCUCUGCAAGUGGGCCAGGAGACGAGGACGGAGGGAGGCCAAAACCGCCCCCCUGCCCGCAGAGGCCUGAUGGAGACGGCCACCCGGAGCUCAGCAAAGCCCAAGGAGAGCAGCCAGAGUCGGACGAGCUAGACAAGCCAGACACCUCGGACAGCGAGGUGGACCCGAGCACCGAGGCGGUGGCCACGCGGAGCUCGCCAGCCGAGGGACCCAGGGGUUUCUGCGCCAAGGAGCGUGGGCGCGGCCCGCAGAAGAGGAAGCGGGCCUCAGACCAGUGGAGCAAAGGUGGACCCGAGCACCGAGGCGGUGGCCACGCGGAGCUCGCCAGCCGAGGGACCCAGGGGUUUCUGCGCCAAGGAGCGUGGGCGCGGCCCGCAGAAGAGGAAGCGGGCCUCAGACCAGUGGAGCAAAGCCUCGAAGAAGCCGUCCUGAGGAAUAAGGAACCCAGGGGAGCCAGGAGCCCGAGGGACCCCGAGGACGGCAGCCCCUCACCCAGCACCAGCAGCUGGGAAGAGAGCCAGGGGCACCCCAGCCUGCCCAGCCGUGCUCCCCACCCGACUGCCCGCGGCCAGGACAGCCCACGCCGCCAGCCAGCAGACGGCCCCAGCAGCAGCGUAGUGGACUGGGUCCUGGCCCACAUCCAAAGGGGUUGGGAAGGCCAAGACGGCCGGUCUUCUGAACCCCUCCAUCUCGGAAAUGGUCUUGCCCGCCACCCUCAGCCCAGCAUCUGCUCCCUUGCAGGGAGUAGGGGCCUGGGAGGCCAGGGUGGCUCAAGCUCCAGCCCAGCCCCACCCCCACCCCUGCUGUGCACAGGCAGCCCUUCCUGGACAGUGCCCCCUCCUCCCACCAACUCCACUAGCAUUCUGGACCCAAGGGGCUGCAAGCCUGGCCGCCCAUUCCUGACGGGGCGUGGAGCUCUGAGCGGUGGUCUCGGGCGCCCCCUCGUGGAGUCCCACAAACGGGUGCUGGGCAGUGAGGGCGCAGGAAGGCUGACGGCAGCACCUGGAGGGGUGGCGGGUCCCAGGGCACCCGGAGAAUAAAGUGUAAU